AUGACUUCGGAACAGUUUUUGACGGUUCCGGGGUUGGCUGUGAAACAGCCACCCAAGCAGGAAAAGUGAGUCAGGGGGGGGGUACUGUAGGUUUUGGCGCCAGAAAAUCGUGCUGGGGUACUAAGAACCUUCAAUCUUUUCGGGUUACUGUAGUUCUGGAAUUUUCUGAGAUCUGAGAUCCCGGUUCAAAUUUGUUCUAGGGUUACUGUAAUUUUAGGAUUUUUGAGAUCUCAUAAUUUUAAAAUUCUUCUGGAUUACUGUAGACCUAGGACUACUGUGAAACUUGUUGACUUUCCUGGGAUUACUGUAGUUCAGUACUGUAGGUUCUUGUAUUAAUGAUCUAUGUUUUUAGUACUGUAGGUCAGGGGUACUGUAGAUUCCAGACAUUAGAAGUACUGUAGAUGCUUAAAAAUUAAGCAAAAAUUAAUUAAAAAAAAUAGUUUCACACGAAUUUCGGACCUGAAAAUCUCCCUGUUAAAAAAACUUUCAGCCAAAAAAUUUUUGAUUUGCAGACGCGACUCCGACGCCUCUGAAACUUCAACAACAUCCAUCGAACACGAAAAUAAUCUCACAGUCCGAACACUAAAAUCCAUAAAAGGAUGGUACGGUUUUUUUUUUUCAAAAUUCAAAAAUUUUUACGAGUUAGCAAAUAUUUGAAGACCUCAAAGUACCAUUGAAAUUUUCGAUUUUUGGAAAAAAAGGCACAUUGAAAGAAGUUCAGGGCGUCUUCAAGUCGAAAUUUGGCCAAUCAAAUUAUUCUCGAAGUUCCGGCUUCGUCUUUGAUGAAAAUCAAGAAUUUGGAAGGAGUUGGAUCGGUUGAGCGGGAAACUAAACAUUUUACAGGUCAGUGAGAGAGGUUUGCUGGCGCAUUUUUGGUAGGGACGCUUUAAGCGUGAUUGGUUUGAAAAAUGCGUCAGCUAAGCUUUUGGUUGACGCUUUUUAUGUAAAUACUACUAGAAAUACGUCAGCUAAGCUUCUUGCUGACGCAUUUCAUGUAGAAUGAUUGAUUUUGGGGUUAACUAGAGUUUUACUGACUCAUUUCGCGUAGAUUCUACUGAAAAUGCGUCAGCACAGGGUAUUGCUGACGAAUUUUGUGUAGAUACAUAAUUCAACGCGUUACAGAAUUUCCUGACGCGUUUUCUGUAGGUCUGUCAUGAAAUGCGUCAACAGAAGUUUUUUGCUGACGCGUUUUGUGUAGGCUGUGCAGUCAUCACAAUGUUCCACUGGCGCUUUUUUCGAAGACAUUCAUUCGCGUCAGUCAAAGUUGAAACGGUUGCUGGCCCGCUAAAAUAAGUAUCUAUCGAAAAUGCGCCAACAAAACGCUUAGCUGACGUAUAUUUUGUAGAGAUAAGCAAAGCUUAAUCAUCCUACAGAAAAUGCGUCAGUACAACCCUUGGCGCGUUUUCUGUAGGCUUAAUAAGAAAGCUUUCACUGACCCAAAGUAUGUAGCUAGUUUUUGCUGACCCAAAACACGCCAGCACUCAAAACUGACGCAUUUCUUCCAGGCACCACCACAAUGCACGGCCCAAAACGCAUCUUCAACGGCAAAGGCUACGCGCGAGCCUUCUGGAUAAUAAUCGUAGCCGCUGCUCUCGCAAUGCUCAUUUUUCAAAUCGUCGUACUCCUCCAAAUGUACCUCUCAAAACCCACCCUUUCCCAGGUUUCAUUCAUCGUCAGUGAAGGUGGAAUGGAUUUUCCAGCUGUCACGGUGUGCAACUUCAAUCCCAUCAAGAAAUCUUAUAUUCGAGAACUCAAUGUUUCCGGCGAUUUGUCUUUUGAAACUUUGGAAUAUUUUUUGCAAACUAAUAUGGAUACAAUGUUCAUUUAUAGUAACUUGAAUCGUACGAAACUGAAAACAUCGCAUGAGGAAGCGCAAGCUUAUAAGAGGAAUCAUAGUGAUUUUCGGAUAGUCAAGUUUCUACAAACUGCGGGGUAAGCGUCGCGUGUGCGUCGCGGUUUUUUCAACCCAUCCAACUCUCCACUUUCCAGCUACGAUUGCUCGGAAAUGUUUGCGACUUGCUACUUUGGCGGAAGACGUUUCGAUUGCUGUAAAUAUAUGGAGCCCAAAGUCACUUCCUAUGGAAAAUGCUAUCAAUUAGAUUUGAAGAAUUUGGCGCCAGAAUGGAUGCAUAAACAGAUUUCACCCGGGUCUGAGGCGGGGUGAGUUGAAAUUUUGGGAUGUUUUCGAGCUAAAAAUCGUGAAAAUGUUAUCAAUUUUGACUUCAAAACUUAUAAAUUGUCAAAUUUCAGCCCUGGCAUUGUUUCCAGCUCAAAAAAUUACCCCAAAACCAAGUUUCACCCUCCAAAAUCCGGAAAAAAUAGAAAUAAAAAAACGAUACUCCGCAAUGACGGGUUCGUGUAGUUCUCCCGGACAAGUUUGAAAAAUGUCGUUUUUUUCAUUUUUCAUUGAUAAAAGAGUCUAAAACUGAAAAAAGCAAAAAAAAAAUAAAACAACGAUACUCCGCAAUGACGGGUCCGUGUAGUUCUCUCGGACAAGUUUUGAAAACUGUCGUUUUUUUUCAUUUUUCAUUGAUAAAAGAGUCUAAAACUGAAAAAAGCAAAAAAAAAAUAAAACAACGAUACUCCGCAAUGACAGGUCCGUGUAGUUCUCCCGGACAAUUUUCAAAAUUUUUCGUUUUUUUUUUAAAUUUUUCAUUAAAAUAGUCUAAAACUGAGAAAAAAGGAAAAAAUAAAAACAAAACAACGAUACUCCGCAAUGACGGGCUGUGUAGUUCUCCCGGACAAGUUUUGAAAAAUGUCGUUUUUUUCGAUUUUUCAUUGUUAAAAGAGUCUAGAACUGAAAAAAGGGAAAAAUAAACAGAACAACGAUACUCCGCAAUGACGGGUCUGUGUAGUUCUCGUGGACAAUUUUCAAAAAUUUUCGAUUUUUCGAUUUUUCACUGAAAAAAGGAAAAAUAAAUAAAACAACGAUACUCCGCAAUGACGGGCUCGUGUAGUUCUCCCGGACAAGUUUUGAAAAAUUUUCUUUUUUUUAUUUUUAUCAUUAAAAGAGUUCAAAACUGAAAAAAACAAAACAACGAUACUCCGCAAUGACGGGCUGUGUAGUUCUCCCGGACAAGUUUUGAAAAUUGUCGUUUUUUUUUUCAAUUUUUCAUUAAAAUAGUCUAAAACUGAGAAAAAAGGAAAAAUAAAUGAAACAACGAUACUCCGCAAUGACGGGAUGUGUAGUUCUCCCGGACAAGUUUUGAAAAUUUCCGAUUUUUCAUUGAUAAAAAGAGUCUAAAACUGAAAAAAGGGAAAAAUAAAUAAAACAACGAUACUCCGCAAUGACGGGCUCGUGUAGUUCUCCCGGACAAGUUUUGAAAAAUGUCGUUUUUUUCAUUUUUCAUUGAUAAAAAGAGUUUAAAACUGAAAAAAAAAACUAUACUCCGCAAUGACGGGCUCGUGUAGUUCUCUCGGACAAUGUUGGAAUUUUUUUUUAGUUUUUUCGAUUUUUCAUUGAAAAAGGAGUUUAAAACUUAAAAAAAAGGAAAAAUAAAAAAAAACAACGAUACUCCGCAAUGACGGGUCCGUUUAGUUCUCCCGGACAAGUUUGAAAAAUUGUCGUUUUUUUCCAUUUUUCAUCGAUAAAAUAGUCUAAAAAUGAAAAAAAAUUAAAAAAUAAAACAACGAUACUCCGCAAUGACGGGUCUGUGUAGUUCUCGUGGACAAUUUUCAAAAAUUUUCGAUUUUUCGAUUUUUCACUGAAAAAAGGAAAAAUAAAAAAAAACAACGAUACUCCGCAAUGACGGGUCCGUUUAGUUCUCCCGGACAAGUUUGAAAAAUUGUCGUUUUUUUCCAUUUUUCAUCGAUAAAAUAGUCUAAAAAUGAAAAAAAAUUAAAAAAUAAAACAACGAUACUCCGCAAUGACGGGCUGUGUAGUUCUAACGGACAAGUUUUGAAAAUUGUCGUUUUUUUCAUUUUUCAUCAUUAAAUACAACUCCUACGAGUCUAAAAAGUGAAAAAUGAAUUUUUCCAGCCUCCAAAUAAUCGCCGACGCUCGUCUCGAAGAAGAAAUGAACCUCGACACCGACGACGCCGACGCAAUCUACUUCGACAUCUACGAACAGGGUUUCCGCUACUUUGUGCACGAGCCCAACCAAAAAGCAGAGCUGGCCUCCGAAGGUAUAAGUGUCUCACCGACCCGCGUCGUCUACUCAGCCAUCAAAAAAACCACCCACAACCUUCUGAGCCGCGAUAAUUGGGGAAACUGCACUGAGACCUGGCCUAGCGGCUAUUCAACCUAUUUGGGAUACUCGGCCACCGCCUGCAGAUCGCUAUGUCUUGCUCAGUAUUUUCUGGAUAAAUGCGGAUGUAGCCCGUUUACCUAUAAUAUCGAUGGCGAGAAAAACAUCUGUUCACCUUAUGACACAGUGGUUUGUAUGGAUGAUUAUAUGGUGAGAAGUGUAAAUGGGACAGAGUUCCUGGAACUUCCCGAUUGCACGGAGUGUCAUAUGGAAUGCGGAAGCACCUCAUACACCGCCUUCAAUUCCUAUGGUGAUGGUUUUAACAAGGGAAGUCUAGAGUGGCUGAGGAAUUUGGAGAAUCAGACAACUAAACAUAUCAAGUGAGUAUUAUCGAAAAUCACACGCAACGCAGACCGCGUCGCGUCACAACACACACGAAUAAGGGUCUCCCUUGUUGUGACGCGACGCGGUCUGCGUUGCGUGUUCAUUAGCGCCUCGUGGCAGCGACAAAAUGUGCAUUUUUAUAGCGGGAGCGUGUCGAUCAUCAACAUCUUCUUCCUGGAGAUGUUCUACACCUCGUACUCACAAGUUCAGGCAACUUCCUUGACUGAAAUUCUUAGUAAGUGCGGCCAUAAAUUAACUGGGACUCCAAAUUCGGAGGGAUGGGGGUUAACUUUAGGUGCAUUGGAGGUAGGGCCCUUAACUGUGGAGGUAGGGCCCUUAACUGUGGAGGUAGGGCCCUUAACUGUGGAGGUAGGGCCCUUAACUGUGGAGAUAGGGCCCUUAACUGUGAAGGUAGGGUCCUUAACUCUCAAAAAUUUUGGAGUAUUUCAUGCUCUUUGAGACCAAAAACCCACAAAAAGUUGGUUAGGGUGGUUAACUUUUUGAAAAUUUUUCCUGGAAGGGGGGGGGUUAACCCAAGGGUACCCGGAGCGACUAGUUCAUGUAUGAGUGCGGCAUGGAGAAGUGGGCGGAGCUUGCUGUUUGCAUUUGCAAAAUCACCGCACAGACGCUAUUUUUCCAGGUGACAUCGGUGGAAAUAUGGGAAUGUUCCUUGGAAUGUCAGUCAUCACCAUCACCGAGCUCUCCCUCUUUUUCUCUAAAAUAUUCUGGAUUGUUGUGUCAAAAUCUCGUCGUGACUAUAUGUAUAAUAAAAAGAGACGCGAGAAAACGCAAGAACAACAUCUAGAGGAAGCUGUCAAGGAGUAUCAGGAGAAGAAAUCGCGUCGAAACUCGCGGGAUGAUAUGAAUCGGGUGUAUCCGACGAUGGCGACUCCUGCGAUGGCAGCGUCUGCCUCGACUAGUAGUAUGGAGAGUAUGGUAAGAACUUGGGUAUGGGAUGUUUUUAUACUAUACGGCACGGUACCUGCAGAUCUAACUCACACAGUACUGUUGUUUGCUGUGUAACCCUUCAAUCACAAAAAUUUUCAGAUCGAGCUGAAACUCGACGUCGAAGAGCUGCGUAACAAAUUGAGUCAACCGGGCGUGACACGCCUCCGACUUCCGAGCGACAAAAAAUCAUCACCGCCCCCAGUUUUCACCAUCGAUGGCAAAACCUAA